GUUUGGUUGGAAAGCGCCGCAAGAGCGAUGUCGGCGACCGAGAUUGGAACGCAGUUCGUCAAGUUCUACUACGAAACCUUUGACAACAACCGUGCUGGCCUCGCUCCCCUUUAUACCGAAAGGUCGACGCUCACGUUUGAAACCUCGACGCUUCAAGGACAAGCAGCCAUCAUCGGCAAGUUCAACGAACUCCCCAAGACCCAACACAAGACCGAUACCGUCGAUAUUCAGCCCUCGUUGAACGAGUCGUCGAUUUUGAUCUUUGUCACGGGCAAAAUGAUUAUUGACACGAACCCUCCGUUGCAAUUCACUCAAGUGUUCCAGUUGGUCGCACAUUCACCCGGCCAAUUUUACGUGCACAACGAUGUGUUCCGCCUGAUUUAUGGUUGAGUAGAUAGGCUCAUCCCGAAGGAGAUGUUAGAUUAUUCUCCUCCUGUGCGAGAUUAAGUAACCGUCUUGUCUUCGUCACGUUGCCUUGCCGCAAGUACUCUGUGCCCUCACCGACCGCAUCGUCCCUUCCGCGCGCACCGGUCUGUCCGGCAGUUGAAAUGAC